AUGGAAGUGCCGAUCCUUGAAAUGUUCUUUGAUGAACUAAAGAUAAGACUGAAGGUUGUGGAAUGUGGGAAGAAGACAUCGAGUAGUACAGAACUAGAAGAGAAACCCCGCUAUAGACACGCCCCACCUGCUCCUGCCACUCGAUGUGGGCCCGUCGAUCAGGAGGAGCGUGGCCAGAACGGUCUUGGCGGGCGUGCCCCUACCGGUGCCUGGUCUAGACCGAAUGCGGGAAUCUCAAAACAACCCGGGAUGUCACGGGAUCUGGGCGCUCAAUCAUCAUUCCUCGCAACACCUUUUCUUUCAAUCCUCCUCAAACAUCCCAACAUGCCGCCCAAAAAAGCUGCUGCAAGUCGCAAUCGCGUCGCGAAAGCCUCCGCUAAAGGUCCCGCCAAAUCGACCAGCGGCCGAGGUCGAGGCCGACCCAAGAAAGGUUCCACUGCUGCGCGACCAACACCACCACCCCUGAACCAGCGCACCCCCCCAACGAAGCGAUUAGACGUCUACGUAUUCGGAACAAACUGCGCCGGCGAGUUAGGCCUGGGCGACGCAACGACAAAGACCGAAAUCCCACGACCCGUUCUGAACCCGAAGCUCGCCGCCGAUAAGGUCGGAGUCGUACACCUGGCCGUCGGAGGCAUGCACUCUGCGGCGCUGACGCACGAUAACAAGAUAUUGACGUGGGGUGUGAAUGAUGAUGGCGCGCUGGGGAGGGACACAACGCAGGACCCCAACGACGUCAAGACGCGCGAUGUGGACGAGGCCAGCGAGGACAGCGAUAGCGAGGAGGAGGGCAAUUUCAACCUGAAAGAGGCGACGCCGAUAGAGGUGGAUCCCAAGCACUUCCCUUCCGGAACCGCUUUCACUCAGUUGGUUGGAACGGACAGCGCGACGUUUGCGCUUACAACGGGUGGGAAGGUCUAUGGGUGGGGAGCGUUUACGGACGGUAGUGGGAAUAAACAGUUUAUCGCCGGUUCUACGGUGAAACGUCAACUCACACCGAUUUUAAUCCCCGGACUGGAGAACAUCGUACAACUAUCCUCCGGCGCACAACACGUUUUGGCUCUGACAUCGGACGGCAAGGUGUUCGGUUGGGGUCGCAACGAGCAAGGACAACUCGGGCGUGUCCGUCGAGUACGCGGCGCGGCAGCCGACUCCCUCACCCCAGCGCAAUGCGCCACCCCACCUAAUAUCGUGAAUAUCGGCACCGGCUCAUAUCAUUCCUUCGCUGUACACAAGUCAGGCAGAGUCUACGGAUGGGGCUCGAACAACUUCGGGCAAACCGCUAUAUCGGCAAGUGCGGGCCGAGGCGACGCGACAGUGAUGUAUCCGACCAAGGCCCCAGCUUUCAAGCCAUUCUCGAAAAUCGUCACAAUCCAAGGCGGAAAAGACCACAGUCUCGCCGUAACACAGGAUGGAAAAUGUCUAUCGUGGGGUCGCAUCGAUAACAAAGCUCUUGGUGUGGAUAUGACCAAGGUUGAUGUGGCUGAUGUUAUCGUCGACGAAUAUGACAGACCGCGUAUCCUUGCCGUCCCAACGCCCAUCGGAAAUAUUUCGGACGCUGUCGGACUUGGAAUAGGAACGGACCACUCCUUCGUCAUCACGAACAAGGGCCAGGCAUAUAGCUGGGGAUUCAACGCGACGCGCCAGACAGGACAGCCUAGCGACGAGGACAUCGCCGAACCAGCUAUCCUUAGCAACAAACACGUUGACGGGAAGAAACUGGUCCUCGCGGAUGCAGGUGGGCAGUUCAGUAUCGUCGCUGGAGAACACGGAGUCUGA